UGAAGAAUCAGCCCUUUAAACAAUUUUUCCGCUAUCGUGAUACAUUUUCAAGAGAGACGAACAUUUUCAAACUGUCGAAAAUUUUGUAGUUAGAUAAUGCCUAACGGACAGAUAAAUAUGAGUGGUCCUUCAUUAAAAGUAGACGCAGAGUCUUGAUUUAAGUUUAAUUUGAUACCGAAGCCUUUGUACGAUGAAAAACACCCUGCCUCUAAUGUCCGUGAAAUGUAGCUCAAGCAUAUCUUCCGGAUGUAUUUUGAGUCGCUGAGUCCGAAAAUGGCCUCCACUCAUUUCCAUCACCAUUCACCCUUCAGUUAGGUGCCUACCAAGAAAGCCAAUACUUCCCGGGAAAAUAAACGAAUUUGACUUUUUUCAUGGAUGCAGUUUUUAUUUUGUAAAUUUUCCUGGACCCGUGAUAGAAACUUUCUUUUGAAUUUCAGGAUGCUGAAUCCAAAUUGAACCUUCAUUUUUUCCAAUUGCCCUCCAUUUUUCAGGAAAAGUCGAUUUUUGACUUGAUUCACUAUCAUAUUCGGCUUUAACAACUUAAAAUACAGAAAUGUAAGAAGGUUAAGAAUAACGAUUGCACUCAACACCUUUAAUUGCACCACCCACAUUUUUUAAUAACAAUAAAUAAGUCAAUCACACAUCUUUAUUACCUUUUCCACAAAAUUAUGUCACCAAUACAUACCAAAUAAUACUUACAGUAAAAUCACAUGGGUUCAGAAAAAAUGUACAAAAAAAUUUGCAUGCAUGAUAAAGAUACGCCAAAUUUAAGCGUUUUUCAGGGAAAAAGUGGCUUUUCUGGAAAACUGAGAGAUGGUGGGCAAAAAUUUAGAGGCCAUUUUUGAACUCAGCGGCUAAAAACACAUCGGAAGUGUUAUGUAGCAGUUGGUAGUAUGUAUGAGUAGUGAUAUUGUCGCUACUUAGGUGUCAGGCCUGCUGGGCAAGCUUGUAUCUUCAUCAAUACACUCUGUCGUUAUGUCACGCAACUCGUGCACUUCUCUUUUCCAUCAUCCUUAGUUUUUCCGAUAUAACAAAUGGCGACGAGUUUAAUUUCUUCCGAUUUUCAAAAUUCGGAACUCUUUCUCUUUAACGUGUUUUUGCGUUAACGGUCGCGUUUUUCUCGCGCUAUCGCUCGACCCCGUGAAGUGUGCAUCGCAUCAUGUCGGAUGGUGAAACAGAUCCUCCUCAACCUCAAAGCCUCGAAGCUAAACUCGCCCAAUUAACUGACUUGGUCCUGCAGCUUGCCGCUUCCCAAUCUUCACCGACGGUCCAAUCCGCCUCCUGGUUCUCUUUUGAUGCUUUCUCUACAACGUCUCAAGAACAGAUAGAGGAUUACUUCGACAGGUUCGAACUCAAAUUGAACUUAUGCCAUGUGCCUAAAACUCAAUGGGCAAACCAGGCUCGGGUGCACAUGGGCCCCGAGUUAAAUGCAUCAUUAAAUGCUCUUUGUUUUCCUGUCCUUCCUAGCUCGCUUGACUUUGCAUCACUCAGAAACAAGCUCAUUUCUCACUAUGCCAAAUCGCGUAACAAAUUUAGUGAAGCCAUCACCUUCCGUAAGAUUCAUCAGCACGCUGAUGAGUCUAUAUCAGAUUUUGUGUCUCGCCUCAAGACCGGUGCGCGAUAUUGUGAGUUUGGCGACUUCCUAGAUUACUCGCUUAGUAUUCAGUUCAUCCACGGCCUGUUUAGCGAUGACAUCCGCGAUGAAAUUGUAACGAAGCAACCUGCCAACUUCGAUGCUGCUGUCGCUGUGGCGACUAACCUCGAAUCUUCCUUUCAAGCCUCUGCCAUCCUCAAGCCCACUUCUGCCCAACACUCAACCACUAUCAGCAAGUUUUCACAUGAAACUAGACCCAAACUCAAGAAAAACUCAGGAAACUAUCGGAGCCGCAGUCAUCCUCACAGUAAGAACUCACACCGCAGCCCUUCUCACAGCCGGAGGAACUCUUUGCAAAAAUUCGUGGCUGUAAAUACUUUUGCAAGCUGGAUGUUAAGGACGCAUUCAUGCAUCUUCGGUGCUCUCAGGCUGCAUGCGAAGCGAUGACUUUGAACACUCCAACGCAUGGGUUAAUCCAGCCUACAAGAGCGCAGUAUGGUGUCUCUGAUAUC